CUUUUUUCCGGAAAUCCAGAUGUUGUGGCUGCCCUUAUCACUUCUGCAGGCUGUGGGGUUGACUUUUGCGUCCCUGAAGCUGUAAUUCCAGAGUCCUCUACAUGUUUCCACGAACAAAGAAAAUGAAUACAUCUCCAGUGUUGGUGUCAUUUGAGGACUUGGCUGUGGACUUCAGCUGGGAGGAGUGGCAGGACCUGGACAGUGCUCAGAGGACCCUGUAUAGGGAUGUGAUGCUGGAGACCUACAGCAGCCUGCUGUCCUUGGGAUUCUGCAUUACCAAACCUGAGGUGAUCUUCAAGUUGGAGCAAGGAGCAGAACCAUGGACGGUAGAAGAAUCCCUAAACCAGAGCGUCUCAGUUGUCCAGAAAAUUGAUGAUGUGAUUGAGACCAGCCAAGAAAAUCAAGACAUAAAUUUCUGGCAGUUUGUAAUUGCAAACAGUAAUUCAUCAACUAAGGAAAGAGUUGAAUUAAGAAAAACAUUUAAUUGGAGCCCAAACUACAUUUCAGAACUGAUUUUAAGGAAUGGAAGUUACUCAAGACUGGGGCCUCAUGUGUUCAAUAUCUGUCCGAAUGUGCUCCUUCCUAGUGAGCCUGCUGAGAUGCACGCUGAAGUGAAACUUCGUGAAUACCAUAUGACUGGGGAUUCUCUCAGAUGCUGUGAGCAUCUUGCGGAGCAUUAUGGGAUUCAGACUUUGCAUCAGCCUUUUGAAUAUAAUGAACAAGGGGAAACCCUCAACAGUGAAGAAUUAUUCUUUACACAUAAGAUGAUUCAAAUGGGAGAGACCUCCUAUAAAUACAGUGAAUAUGGAAAGCCCUGUGAUCGGUCAGCUCUCAUUGUUGGAGAGACAACUCACACAGGAAAGGAAGCAUUCUAUGAAAAGUUUCAUCUCACUGACCGUAAGCAGACACACAGAGAAGAGAAACUCUCUGAAUGUACUGCAUUUGGGGAAACUUUCAUUAGCAAAGCAGAUCUUGUACUAAAUCAGAGACCACAUAUAGGGAUAUAUGAGAAACCUUUCAUCUGUAGACCGAACCUUACUAUCCAUCACAGAGUUCACCCAGAGAGCAAGCCCUAUGAAUGCAAUGAAUGUGGAAAGACUUUCUACCACAAGUCAAACUGCAGCAGACAUCAGAGGACUCACUCAGGGGAGAAGCCCUAUGAGUGUAACGAGUGUGGGAAAACCUUCUUCAGGAAGUCACACCUCAGCAUGCAUCAGAGAACUCACACAGGGGAGAAGCCCUAUGGAUGUAACGAGUGUGGGAAGACCUUCUACCACAAGUCACACCUCCGCAUGCAUCAGAGGACUCACACAGGGGAGAAGCCCUACGUUUGUAACGAGUGUGGGAAAGCCUUCUUCAGGAAGUCACACCUGCGCAUGCACCACAGAAUCCACACAGGGGAGAAGCCCUAUGGAUGUAACGAGUGUGGCAAGACCUUCUACCACAAGUCACACCUCAGCAUGCAUCAGAGGACUCACACAGGGGAGAAGCCCUAUGGAUGUAGUGAGUGUGGGAAGACCUUCUGCAGGAAGUCACACCUCAGCAUGCAUCAGAGAACGCACAGAGGGGAAAAGCCCUAUGAAUGCAAUGAGUGUGGGAAAACCUUCUACCAGAAGUCGAACCUCAGCAAGCAUCAGAGAAUUCACACAGGGGAGAAGCCCUAUGCAUGUAGUGAAUGUGGGAAAACCUUCUGUCAGAGGUCACAUCUCAGCAUGCACCAGAGAACUCAUACAGGAGAAAAACCUUAUGAAUGUAAUGAAUGCGGAAAAAACUUUUACCGAAAGUCGGACCUGACUAUACAUCAGAGAACUCACACAGGGGAAAAACCCUAUGAAUGUAGUGAAUGUGGAAAAACUUUUUGCCAGAAGUCACAUCUCAGCAGGCAUCACAGAACCCACACAGGGGAAAAACCGUACGAAUGUAAUGAAUGUGGCAAAACUUUCUGUCGCAAGUCAAACCUCAUUAUGCAUCAGAGUAUUCACACAGGGGAAAAGCCCUAUGCGUGUAAUGAAUGUGGGAAAACUUUCUGCCGGAAGUCGUACCUCAGGACCCAUCAGAGAACUCAUUCACGUGGGAAAGCAUAUGAGUAUAAAGAAUGGCAGAACUUUCUACUCUGAGGGCUCAUUGAAUGUCAUAAGUCACACAAAAGAAAAUUCUAUAAACAUGAUGAAUGGGGAGAAACCUUUUGUAAGUCAAACCUCGACAGAUGUCACACACAGAAGGCACCCUAAGUAUAAUGCAUAUGGGAAAACUUUUGGCAGAAGUCACACCUCACAGGUAUUAGGUAUUGCACACAGGGGAGUAAUACUGCAUGACAGAGACUGGCUGUGUGUUCUCCAUAUUGUACUCCCUUUUCUUGUACAUACAGCCUUUAUUUUUAGACUCCUACUGUGGGUGUGAUUAUAUGACAACUCUUGUUUUCACAUGUGAAUUUUGGGAACAUUGAGUCUAUAACACCCACUUCUUUAAAAUACCGUCAUCAUUUACUAAAUGAGUAUUUGAAGUGGCUAUUUUUCUUUUAUUCUUUGCCCACAUUAUUCCAGUACAGAUCAGCUGUGUAACCACAGGGGCAUCAUAUGAUUCAUAAGUGUCAGCCAUAAAACUAUAAUCCAGCUCUGCAUGAGACGUGUUUUUCCGUGGUGCAGAGUUGCUGGUGGUCACUGUAUUUGUGAUAACCCCAGACUUGUGUGUGGGCCCACAGCUGCCUGCAGAUCUGCAUUCUGUGUUUACAGGAUGAAGAAAGGCUGGGAGCAGAGUGUCCAAUUGGCCUAAAGUCCAGGCGGUCUUCCUGUGAAUGAUACUGUGCUGGUGUGUUUUUUUUUUUUUCUUUUAUUUAUUUGGUCGUUUUGCUUAUACUUUGUUUAGAUGGGUUACUCCUGUUUUAAUUGAGCCUUGACUUGACUGAAUUUAUCUGGUAGGUGUGACUCCUUUUUUAUUUCACUGAACUAUUUGCAGGCACUUGUUGAAAAACAUGAUAAUGUUGAAUAUUAUAGUAGCUUUAUAUUCCUCUUAAUAUAGUCUUUAUUGUUUCAUUAUCAUCCCUCACAUUGAUCUGUAAUUUUAUUUAAAGUAUUUGUGAACUUCUUUCUUUGUCCACAGAGACCUUUUUACAAAAAGAUUUAUUUAUUUGAAAGGCAGAGUUACAAGGAAGGAGAGAUAGAUGGGCUGGAGGGGCGCGAGAGAGAGAGAGAGAGAGAGAGAGAGAGAUCUUCUGUCACUCUUUCAAAGGCCACAGUAGCCAGGGUUGGGCCAGGCCAAAGCCAGGAGCCUGGAAUUCUUUUUGGAUCUGUUACAUGGUGGACUCAAGUACUUGGGGCCAUCUUCUGCUUUUCCCAAGCACAUUAGAAGGGUGCUGGAUCAGGAGUGGAGCAUCCAGGACUCAAACCUAUGCUCUUGUGGAUUGCUGGGUUCACAAAUGGCAGCUUAACCUAGUGUACCACAGUGCUGGCUCCCUCCAGAACCCUUCCUGAAUUCUGAUUGGAUUUGCAUUGGGCUUAGCUCUCAGUACACAUGAGCCUUGUGACCUGGCCAUUCCUAGGUAUCAGGACUACAAAUGCUGUACCUGUGUCUGUGCUGUCUCCCAUCCUGAGGACAGACCUACAGUUCACCCCCAUUCACCUCCAGUGCUCCAUUGGCCCUUGUCAUACCUUCUGGGAAUCUCCCAAAUGCAAGUCAUGAGAUGCACACACCAAAAAUGAAGAUAAAUACAGAAGUAAUGGGAAACAAAUUAUGUGUAUUUUAGAGAAAAACUAGCUAAAACAAAGCAGAGUUUUGUGUGUUUUGGUUCACCCCCCAGAUGGCCGCCAUGGGCGGCCCACCUUGCCGAUUCAAAGCUAGGAGCCAGGUGCUUCCUCCUGGUCUCCCAUGCGGGUGCUGGGGCUGUGCCAUCCUCCACUGCCUUCCUGGGCCACAGCAGAGAGCUGGACUGGAAGAGGAGCAGCCAGGACUAGAACCUGGCAUCCGUAUGGGAUGCUGGCGCCGCAGGUGGAGGAUUAACCAAGUGAGCCAUGGCGCCGGCCCCAUGCAGAGUUGUUUUUAAGGCAGAAAACACAUUUAGCGAUAGAGCAAAGUCUGUACUGAUCAAAAGUCCACGUUUUUGGGUAAUGAUAGCAUCUGUAAAUGCACAUUUCACAGUUGAGCCUUAGCAUAUAUGUAGAGGCAAUUUUUUAAAGGAGCAGACAUAUUUACCAUCCUCAUGGGAGAACCCUACAGUAUCCUCUCUCCAUUGGGUUCAGCAGUUGAGAUGGGCAAGUGUUGUGGUACAGUGGGUUAAGCCACCCUUUGGGAUACCUGCAUCCCAUAUUGGAGUGCUGACGCAAGUCCUGGCUGCAUUACUGCUGAUCCAGCUUCCUACUAGUGUGCAUCCUGGGAGGUAGCCAGUGGUGGCUCAAGUACUGGAGUCCCUGCAGUCCACGUGGGGACCUGGGUGGAAUUCCAGGCUCCUGGCUUUGGCCUGUUCCAACCCUGGCUGUUUUGGCCAUCUGGGAAGUGAACCAGCAAAUGCAAUCUUUUCUCUCUCUCUCUCUCUCUCUCUCUCUCUCUCUCUCUCUCUCUCUCUCUCUCACACACACACACACACACACACACACACACAAAACACACACUACCUUUCAAAUAAAUAUAAGCAUUAAGAAAUUAAAUGAGGUUUAGAAAAUAGGGGUAAGAAAUGGAAGUAAUAGAUGGAAGUGGAGACCUCAGUUAUCAGCUGAGUAAUAUUCAAGCAGUACUCCCCCACAUACUUUCAUUGGUAUUUUCCACCAAGCUGGCACAGUAGUACCAGCUGCACAGUAAAUAUCCCACAGUUAGGAGAAGGUAAAUUAUGGGCUGAGGAACACAUGGAAGCUCAUCAGAGCCCAGGCUCUGCAAGCCCCCAGGAGAAGAGCUACAGGAACCAUGCAGCCUGUAAACUUGCUGAUGGUUCCACCUUGGAGCCUCUGCAGUAGUGCAGCCUGGUGUCUGGAGGCUCCCUCACUGCUCCUAGAAUUUCUGUGAGUAGUAAGGAGAAGACCAAGGCUCCAAGGUAGGGACAGAAAUGGGAGAGAAAAGGUAGGCAUUGGGGCAUGGCUGAAACCAGGGACAUAGGGAAGGGUGUCACUGCACAGCCUCUCUUCUGGGUCUAGUUCAUGGCUCUUCAAGGCCCAGAAAUGAGGUCAGGAGGAUGGAAGGAGUGACUGGAGAUGACAUGACCAACUGUGCACGCAGCUUGGAAUGUGAGGAGGGCAUAACUCAUGCCUUACACAUCCUGUCCAGAUGGAGAGCCUGGUCUAUGUCCCAGUGUGGAGUAGUUUCUGGUCGUUGGUCACCUGAGCAGCCCUGUAAGUAUAGGGAACACCCCUGGGUGUGGGUGGUUGUUCAUUUGCUGCUUGUUGUGAAGGGAUCCUGGGUUUCCUGCCCCUGCCCUCUGCCCACCACGUAUGCAUCUUACAUCUGGGCCCCUUAUGUGACACUUGAGUCUUUGGACAAGGGCUGGAGGUGACUUUACUGAGUGAUGAGUGGCACAGCUUUUUGCCUGUGGCCUGAAACUCCAAUGUCUUGCCAGCAUACCUGAAAUCUGAAUGGACUCACUCUCCACGUAGAAGCAGGGCAUGGUCUGCAUCCUGCACUGUUCCUGUCCAGAGAGUUGAGCAGGCCUGGCAGGAGGUGCAGAGGCCGAAGGACUGGGGCCAUCUUCUACUACUUUCCCAUGCCACAGCAGAGAGCUGGGUUGACAGAGGAGCAGCUGGGACUAGAACCAGCACCCAUAUGGGAUGCUGGCACUUCAGGCAAGGGCUUUAACCCAUUGCACCACAACACCAACCCCAAGAAAUUUUUUCAUCAGUCUGUUGGCCAUGUAUGUCUGCUUUUGAGAAAUGUCUAUUCAGGGCCUUUCUAAUAGGGAUAGCUGAUCUCAUGCUACAGAGUGGUUUGGGUCCCUUACAUAUUUUGUGUAGUGGCCCUUUAUCAGAUGUAUGAUUUGUGAAUAUUUUCUCACAAUAUUUUGGUUGUCUUUUCACUCUAUUCCUUUCUUUGCUUUACAGAAACUUUUUAGUUCAUUAAAAUCCCAUUAGUUUAUUUUUA